AUGACAUCGACAAGUGUGGCGUUGAUUGCGAGUGUCCUGCGGCAGCCUCGCAUAGGCGAUGAUCUGCAGUGGGUACGCUACGACGCACCGUUUCGCACCGCACAGGACUACGCAGCGGCCGAGUACCUCUAUCGACUGCGCUUGUGCUCGUUGCGGUUGAUGAGUUCCUUCUUGUCGCCCUCCCUGCCCCGCACAGGCUCGGUGAGCAAGGUGACGCACAUGCUCCCCCACUACCCUGUCCAGAUAACUGCCCAACUCGUCUACAUGGAUGAGCCACUGAGCCCUGUCGUGGAGUCAGCGGCCGUGUACGCGUCUGCUGCAACCCCGCUGCCGUUGUCAUUCCCUGUCGACGGCAACACAGACACACACGAGGAGAUGGAGGUGAUUUACACGUUUGCCGAUGAGUGGCUUAUCUUUCCGCUAGAGCUGUGUGAUGUGCCACUCGAUGCUCGCUGCGAGCUGCAUCUCUGGCAUACGGAUACGCGUAUCGCAGUGGCCGCCUUUCACGUCUACUCUGUGGCAGGAGAACUGUGCGUGGGCCAACGGCAGCUGACGCUAAGCCCAUGCGGCGCGACGCCAAGCAACCAGCAGGUGUGGAGCACUUCUACGCACGCCUCUGGGCUUCUAGAUGACUUUCACCGCGGCAUGAUACCACCCAUUCCAUGGCUGGACACGUUGUCCAUCCAGCAACUGGAGGCUGUGCAUGCACGGAACGGCAACGCCGCCAUCCGCAGGGGAAGUUCACAGUCAGCUAAAGACCCUGGCGACACCCCGGCAGCGAUAUUGACGCUGUACCUUCCAGCGGCCACCACCGCCGUGUUCUUCGAGCCUGCCGUGGCACGCGUGUCCGACGACAUGCAGAUCCUGCUACAGCGCGGCGACACUGCAGACAACGUCUGCGGCGUCACUCAGCGUCCCUUUCCUGAUCAGUACACCUUCUUCAAGGAGCACAACCUCUGCGAGGCUAAGGCAGCCAUCACGUCCAAGACGCAGUACCUGCUGACCGACAGCAGCGCCCCUCCCGGGCCGAAGGAGCGCCACCAGCUCGCCAGCCUCUUGCGGCGUCCGCCAAUUCAACUAGACAAAGGCACCGGGGCCAUAAUGGCAGGUGCCGGCGCCGGAGGUGUCGGCGGUGGGCGGCUGGAGGAGACGCGCUUACUGUGGAAGUACCGUCACUUCAUAUGCCGCGACGGCAAAUACUUCCUGCCAUUCAUGCGGUGCGUCGACUGGGCCAACACCCACUCCAGCGAGCGGCGCGCCGCCUGUGCCCUCAUCCAUCAGUGGGCGAGACCAGCCUUUGCGGAUGUACUGGCGUGCCUCAGCUUCUACUUUGACCAUGUGGCGCCGGUGCGCCAGUACGCCGUGCGCCUGCUGCGCAAAGAGAGCGAUGGGCGGCUGUGCCACCUCGCCUUUCAGCUCGUGCAGGCGGUGCGGUAUGACUCAGCGGAGGCGGAGCUGGCCAACUUCUUGGUGGAGCGCGCCGUGGGGCGCUGGGAGCUGUGCAGCACCAUCUACACCCUGCUCUCGGUGGAGGUGGCGCUGGAGCGGCGUCGCGGCGUGAGCGCUGUGGGGAAGGCAAACGAUGACAGGCACGGCGGCGCGGCCCUCUUCGAGCCGCUGCUGAGGCGCUUAGCGGAGCGGUUGGCACAGCAGUGUCCGCACUUCGAAACGCGGCUUCGCCAGCAGCACGCGAUGCACCGGGUGCUGCAGCUGCUGAGCCGCCAGCUGCAACAUAGCUCACUGGAUCGCCUGGGGAAGACGACGCUGGGCAACAAGCUUAUUGCAAAGCAGGCGUGCGGCCUGCGUGCCCUCUUCUCCUCUGUGCAUCACGGCAGCUCGUCCAGGAGAAGUGGGAACGCGAGCUUUAGCAGCAGCCUGAUGGCGCACUCCUCGGCUGGGGUGCGGGAAGAGCACUCGAUGGGCUCCACCAGCACCGGCGAUGGCAACCAGGAGGCUGACGCGAACGGUUGCGGUGACGGCAGUGUCGUCGAGACAAGUGACAUGGACAGCGCUGCCGAUGAUGAGCUCCGGUCUUUGCGCCUUCCAUCUCUAUCACUACAGCCCCAGGGAGGUGCUUCCCGGUCGCCUCAGCGGCAGAACGGUGCCCAGCAGCAGCACCGAAACCGCCAAGCCUCAGCCGUUGACGUGCUGGACUGCUAUGGCGUCACAACGCUCGCCACGCACCCCGGUAUCCCGAUCACGGGCCUCCUUCACGACUCGCUGUACAUCUUCAAGAGCGCCAAGCUGCCGAUGCAGCUCACUUUCACGGCCCUGCGGCCAGCAGGCCUUGCAUGCAGCGGCGAGCGAGGGAGCGAGUUGCCCUGCGGUGCUUCGCCGUCUCCCUGCGUGCUGACACCCCUCGCGAUGCAGCCCGCACCGUCGCAGCAGCGCAAAGGCGAGCUGCAAGGAAUGAGCAGCUGCUGCGACGGUGCCAGCACAGCAGCUGCGACGGCGGAGCAGGCAGGCAACUUUCUUGGGACAGGGGAAAACGAGACAGUGCCUCUGGCGAUGAUGUACAAGCACGACGACGACAUCCGGCAAGACCAACUCAUUGUGCAACUUAUACGCCUUAUGGACGACCUCCUACAGCGAGAUGGAUUGCAGCUCUACCUGACACCCUAUCGCGUGAUUGCCACCGGCCCGAAUGAGGGUCUUGUCGAAAUUGUGCCGCGGGUGACGACGUUCCUCAGCGUUCAGCGUGACGUACUCAAGUACCUGCGCGUGUACAACAGCACGGCGGAGCUGCUGCGGCAAGCGAUGGACCGCUACACGCGCAGUUUCGCAGGCUAUUGCGUCAUCACCUUUGUCCUCGGCAUCGGCGACCGGCAUUUGGAAAAUAUCCUCAUCACGCAGGAUGGCCGGUUGCUGCACAUCGACUUCGGCUACGUACUGGGCAACGACCCAAAGCCGUUUCCGCCACCCAUGAAGAUCAACCGUGAGAUGGUGGAAGUGCUUGGAGGACCACAGAGCACUGGCUUCACCGAGUUCAAGCUGUACUGCUGCAGCGCGUACAACACACUGCGCAAGCACGCCUCGCUACUACUUCACAUACUGCUGCUCUGCGCCCACACGGAGGGCAUGCCGCAGGUAACCGGGGAGGGUGGUGACCCCCGCGUGAACCUGCUGAAGGUGCAGGAAAAACUGCGGCUUGACCUGACCAACGCCCAGGCGACGCAGUACCUGCAGAACGUGAUCGCCGACAGUGUUGGCUCUCUCUUUACAAACCUCUGGGACGUCCUGCACGCCGCUGCGCAGGCUACCCGCGGUUGA